AACCUCUCAGCAGAGUGCACUGAAGUGAAGAUGGAGACUUAUGAAAGUGUGUUGCUUGUUAAAUCAGAAGUAUUUGUAUUUAAAAUUCCACCUCGAACUACUAAUAGAGGUUACAGGGCAGCAGACUGGAACCUGAAUGAGCCCCAAUGGACUGGAAGGUUAAGAUUAGUUGCCAAAGGGAAAGACUGCAUAUUGAAACUGGAAGACAAAAAUACAGGAGAACUUUUUGCAAAAUGCCCUAUUGACCAAUAUCCUGGAAUUGCUAUUGAGGCUGUCACUGAUUCAUCUCGGUACUUUGUGCUGAGAAUUCAAGAUGACAAUGGUCGAUCAGCAUUCAUUGGAGUGGGGUUUUCAGAUCGUUCUGAUAGUUUUGACAUGAAUGUUGCUUUGCAAGAUCACUUCAAGUGGCUCAAAAAGUCAGAAGAAAUUGAGAAGGAGAAAGAAGUGCCAAAGCAGGAGUUAGAUCUUCGCUUCAAGGAAGGAGAAACUAUCAAGAUCAACAUGAAAAUCACAAAAAAGGAUGGUAGUGAAGUACCGAGCAAGCCCAAAGCAAGACCUAAUGCUGGUGGUUUAAGUUCAGGGAUUUUGCCACCUCCACCUGGUGGGGUGAAGAUAGCACCACCAUCAGCCAGUGGCAUGAGAACCACCCCUACUUCCUCACCUUCACAUCAGGCAUCCCCAAAGCAAACUACAGUCUCGGCAUCAAGUAACGUAGAUCUGAUAUUGGGUAUUGGUGCUGGUGCCCAUGGAGGUCAGCCAGUUCCAGCAAGGCCUGCAGCUGCAGGAGGUGAUUCAUGGGGAGAUUUUGCUAGUGCAGCCCAACCAAGCGUGCCGCCUAGCAAUUCCAGUUGGGUUCAAUUUUGAAGGUGUUGCCUAAUUAUGUCAUAGAUAUGUAUGAAUAUUGUCAAAAGUCUGUCAUACAUACACAUAUGUAUGUGUGACUUAAGAGGAAAAAUAGUGGAGAUUCCUCUUGACAUUAUAAAUAAGAAUUUGUGUAAAUGUUAUUGUACUCAUUGUUGUACGUAGCACAUUGUCAGCAGAUCAUUAUUACACUUCAGCAGUAUCUUCCAAGCUAGACUGGCAUUCACAUCCUGAAUGUUUGAACUGGGAUAGUUUAAUCCAUGUGAAACAUACUCAUUGAGGAACUAAUAGUUCUAGACUUUGUACUCUAACUGUGGGUGGAAAUCAGCUUGUACUGAGUAAGGCAAUUUGACUGCAGAAAGAUAGUCAGUUAUUGUAGAUAUGUGCAGUCCUGAGCACAGUUUUUUACCCAAUUAUUCUUGUACCUGUUCAAGUUUACAAGUGGAGGAAAUUCUGUUGUCUCUAUUCUUCAAAUUAUUUACAAAUUAUAUGUAAAUAUGCAAGGUAUAGUAACUCAAAUUAAUGAUGAUUACAUAAUAACCUCUUAAUACAUCUGUAGCUCUAUUGUGCAAUGAAUACAUAGGAUGGUGUUGUUGGUAGAAACUGGAGACCUGGUGGUCUCACAGUAAGAAACCAACCUCUGAGCUUAUAUUUGACCCUUAGUCAGUAUAAGAGUAGAUAUGCUGUGUACAGGCUGAUGUUUUUACCUCUUCUAAAGCAUGAAUUUAGAAAUAUGCAGAUCUCCACCAUGGUUAAAAGUCUGGUUCCUUCAUCUAGUAGACUUUUCGCAGUUGUUAGGAAUAGUAGAAUCUGCCUCAUUUUUGCUCUUACUUCAGAAAUGGAUUCAUUUCGAUUCUGUUUGGGCAGGGGGCCAAGAUUCAUACCUGGAGGUGUUUGCUAUAAACCACAUACCAUACUGACAAGAAGUGAAUUGAGGACAUGUAUAUUACCCCAAAAAAAGUUUAUAAUAAUGCUGUCAAAAUAACUUACGAUAGUAUUUGAGCACUUUCUAGCUGAAAGUCCAUUUGGAAGGUGAUAUUUUUUGUAGUAACUGUUGCAGUAUUUCUCUUGCUUCAUAUGAAUAACAUUUUCAUGAUUCACAUCUGUUGCAAGAGUCCUCUACAAGCACAGUAUAAAGUAUGUAUCAACAUAUGUUCAUGUAUCUGCGGUUUUACAGUGGAGUUAUUUUGUCUUGUUAUGUAUAGAAGAUGUACAUCCAUGAUUUUAAAAGAAUUUAUUAUAUUUCAAUGUUACUGUAAAUGUUUUUCACAGUGAAAAGCAGAGGGAAUGUACAUUUCUUUAUGCUGGCAUUUAUCAGGUUUUGGUAUUUUGAUUUUCUGUGUGUGUCUUGCUUCAAAGUAUUAUAUCUGUUGCUUCUUAAGAGUCCAGAGGGCAGGCAAAUCAAAUGAGUAAUCAACUGUAAUCAAACCGAUAUAGAUUCUUUUGUCACAAUCAGUGGUAGCUUUCUAUAUGUUUCUGAGAGUUUUGGGGGAUGUGUUUGUAAUAGCCUUUAUAUUUAUAUUUGAAUUUAUGUAAAAAGAACAAAGCAAGAUAAUGGGAAUUAGAACAUAUUGCAGUCAUACUUUGAUGAAGAAAGUGAUAACGGAGUUUCUUUGGAGCUCCUAUCAUCUCUCUUGUUGGUGUUGGGGUACAGCAGAACGUAUGGACAUGUUACAGAUGAGAAGGGGCUGAAAGAUUAUAUGAUUUUGAAUACCUUGACUUGCAUUUAAUUCUCUUUAUGAAAAAAAGGUGAACUUUUUCAUUCAAAAGACUUGAAAAUUAACCAGAUUAUUUUGUUCUUCACUUAAGCAAUCAAAGCCUGUUCUGACUUCACAUUCGUAUUCCAGCUUUUGUUUUCAGAAUGAAACUUGUUCUUUGUAUGGAUGGACCACAGAUAUAUAACCUUUACAUGACUUGGAAAGAGGUACUAUAUCUAGUUGGCAAGAUAUAUACAUACAGUUAUUUUUAAUGGAGUAAACUUAACUCUGGUAUGUUACUUUCCAUAUUAAGCCUACUACAGUAGUAAUUUGGAAAAAUGACAACAUAUAAAACUGAAACUGAGGAUAAGCACAACCAAAACCAUUGGGAGCUAUGAUUUAUGAUAUAUUCAUUUCUGCUCAUAUCUGUGUUGAGACCACAUAAUAUGGAGAUUCCAUCUGUAAUAUACACAUUUUGAACCCAUGUACUGUAGAGGGAUCCAAUUUCUUUCUUGCACCAGCUUCUCCAUACAUCUAGAUUUACAUAAAUAAGAAUUUCUUAACUGAUUGCUUUUCUAAGAGUUGGAAGGACAUUAAAUCAACUGUAGACAAAUCCCUGGUGUGUUCUUUGUUCCUAAAGUGAUGUAGGAUAACAAUGAAUACUUGAAAUUGUAUUAUUUUUGGUUUUAAAACAGCAUUUGAUGAUCAUUAUAAGUUUCUUCUGGUCUGACAAAUAGCACUGCACGGUUUAUGGAGAGCAGUGUACUGUAGUAGCAGUGUUUAUGUGACCAUAUCUCUUUACCAUGCUAUUCUAUGUUUAAUAAAUCCAGAAGUUAUUUAGGACAUGCAAAAGUGACAUAAUUCAAUAAAGAUCAUAGGGCUGUAAAGAAAGUUGUUCUUAAAAUGAUACUCCCACAUAUUUACAGCAAGUCAUUAUAAAAAGCUGGGCUGUAAAGUGGUAAACAACUUCAAGGUUUGGGGUAAGAUGUGCCUACAGUACACAUUGUUUGGAAGUCAUGGGCACUGCCAGUAUAAUCCCUUAUUUGUGGUACAGGAUCUUCAACAAACUUUUCGGCUCUUAAACUAAACAUAACCUAGUAAAAAUUAUGGUUUAUUUAAGAGAAGGAAAAAAGUAAAAUUGAUUACACAACUGUCAUUUAAUUUUCAGACAGUUGUACAGGUGUAUGUAAAUGACUUAAUAAUUCAAACAUAAGAUAAAGAUGUGGUAUGAAAUUUAGGAACAACUAUGAAUGUGUUAGGAAUAACAAGGAUAUUAACCUAUAUUGGUAUGUGCUGCACUAGUGUAAUGGAAUGUGCCUGCAGUCUGCCAAGCAUUGCAAUUUUUUAGUGUUGAUAUGUUGCCCCCAGUGUAGAAUCUUGCUCCUAGCAUCAGAGUACUGGGGGAUUUAAAAUUACCUGUUCCUGAAUGAUGAAGGUUAAUCAGCUAUUCAGAUGUUUUCAAAGUUGACUCAGGACAUUUGAAUCUUUUAAAUUUACCUAAAAUUAUAAUAUAAAAAGAUUACUACAUAACUAUUAUAGAAAUAUUAUUUAUUUACUGAGUAUGUUAAAUUCAGUCUAAGCUCGGAAGACAACCAGAAAUGUCAGGUGUGAUCAACAGAUACAUAAAAUGAGAUAAAAAUAAUGUAAUUGGAGCAGUUAAAUUUAAUGUAAAAUAAGGUAAAUAUACAUAUAUAUUACAUUGUUAAAUUAUAGCUGAUGUGUGAUUGUAAACAUAACACUUUUUAAUUAAAUCAUCAUCCUUGCAUGAUGCAUUAGAGUUAUAGUAUAUAGAUGCCAGUUUGAGAACUGCCAAUGAUGAAUCAUCCCAAAUUAAAGAGCCAGAUAUUUGUUAUUUAACUGUAAAAUUUUAAUGCAUAAAGAAGCUGGUGUGAUAUCACUGUCUUUCAAUUUAAUCUGCAUAGAAUAGAUAGUGCAUUAAGAAGAAAUAAAUGAUAAGACUCAACACUAACUGAAGAUGUUGAUAAUUUUUCAGUCAAUAUUAGUCUGAGUAUUGUUUCUAUUCAUGUAAGACAUAGAAGACUAAUGGAAUAGAAAAAUGUUAUUGACAGUUUCAA